UCUCUGUUUGUCACGCCCAGAAGACGGCUACGUCACGCGUCAUUACGCUUACGUGUAUCGUGACGCCACACUCUCGCGUGACGAGACUUGUGGCGUCGGGAUUUCCUGUAAGACAGGCAGGCGCUAAGGGGGCUGCAAUCAACAGCUUCGCGGGGCGUUUGUGACGUCACAAUUCAGGAGAAGGAACUCGCCUUGCUGCUCGCACUGGAAAUUGAACUGCUUCCUGGUAUUGGACCAAAAGGAACGGCCCUUUGUACUCUGGAUCAUCAAGAAGGAUCAUUCCAACAGUAUCCCUAGAUAAGAACACUUUCUAGAAACGUAUAUGAACAGCUUCAGUUCUAAGGCAGCACGCUAACACCAUCUUCCACCUUCCUGACGUGGUGCAUGUGCUGUGGGACCCCACUUGUCCGAGCCCAUGAGGGAGUACAAGGUGGUGGUGUUAGGCAGCGGCGGGGUCGGGAAGUCAGCCCUGACAGUCCAGUUUGUUACGGGCACCUUUAUUGAAAAGUAUGAUCCUACAAUUGAGGAUUUUUAUCGCAAAGAAAUUGAGGUGGACUCUUCACCCUCCGUGCUGGAGAUCUUGGACACAGCAGGCACAGAACAGUUUGCAUCCAUGAGGGAUCUAUACAUUAAGAAUGGCCAGGGCUUUAUCUUGGUGUACAGCUUGGUAAAUCAACAGUCAUUCCAGGACAUAAAGCCAAUGCGGGACCAAAUCGUUAGAGUCAAGAGAUAUGAAAAGGUCCCUCUCAUCCUAGUUGGAAACAAAGUGGACCUGGAGUCAGAGAGAGAAGUUAUGGCAGCAGAGGGACGGUCCCUUGCUCAAGAGUGGGGUUGUCCGUUCAUUGAGACCUCUGCUAAAAGCAAGACAAUGGUGGACGAACUGUUUGCUGAAAUUGUGAGGCAAAUGAACUAUGCAUCUUUGCCUGAGAAACAGGAUCAGUGUUGUACAACUUGCACUGUUCAAUGAGACAUUAGGAGGGACCUCAAUCAUGGCCAUAAAGAGCAGAUAACUCAGAGGAAAUUUGCACAGCUACCGCUUCGGAGAACUUAACAGCCCAGGUUGCAGAUCUGAGCCGUAAUGAACCUGUCUGCAAAAUAGCACAUUGCCACAAGAGUCCAUGGAACGCUAAGGGAGUGUGUCCUUAGCAACCACACCCCUGUAGCUGCUGUGCAUUGCACAUUUACCAUGCGUUAGAGAUUCCUCUCUUUCCCCGCAGCAACUUAAAAGCCUAUGCCCUUUUUUUUUUUAAACUUUUAAUUGAUUUCUUUAAUCCGUUUCUGAAACAUGUAUUUAUUAAACACUUAAACUCAGUAUUACUUAAUGCCUUUUAAAAAGAAAGUUUUAUCAGAGGGUAAUUUGAGCCUUAAACACAUGGUUAUUCCUAUGUAUUUCCUCACAUCUGAAUCCCAUCAGCUCUAAAGAGGCCGGCAGCAUUUCAUUCUGUAGUGCUCUGCCUUUUUCCUCUGUGGCUGAACGGGAGAAUUUGCUGGUUUUCUCCUAAAAGUGGUCGGUAAAUACUUUUGAGAUUUUGUUUACGUUAAGUGUGUCAAGUGAAGCUGCUCAAUAUGAACUGGACCUCCUUGAAAACCUUGCCACUCUGUCCCAUAUUUACUGGGUUACAGAAAAUCCUGAUCCAAAAACAAUUGCAUAGAAGCGCAACUUAGCGCAUAUAUCUACGGAACGCAUUUUAGGACAUCCUCCGGCGAAAUACCUGCCCUCCAAGCGAUGUCCUACGGCUUAGGAAUGCCGCAUUGGGUGCUUUUACCGUCACUCAUCCUCCAAAUCUGCAGUCAUACCUCCGUCCUCUACCCUCCCUUGUCAGCCAUACGCCCUCAGCCCUCCUUCUUCCCUCCGCCCUCAGUCCUCCGCCUUCUGCCCUCCCUGCUCAGCACUCAGCCUUCCGCUUUACCUCUUCAUCCCUCCGCACUUUUCCCUCCGCUCUCCCCCCUCAAAACUCUCUUUUCAUCCGUCAGUCUUCUCUAUAAGCUCCUACAGGGGUGAGCGAGCAUAUUCAGUCCUGCGCUGCUUUAUUCACAUAUUUUAACUUCUGCUUUUCUAUUUGGCGCCAUUUUUCACAGCCAAUAGACAUCUAAGGUUUUGUGAGUGGACCAAGCAGUGCAGGACUGAAAAUGCUCGCUCACUACUUUAGGAGCUUAGAGAGAAGACUAAUGGAUGGAAAGAGAGUUCUGAGGGGGGAGAGCGGAGGGUAAAGAGGAAGGCUGAGGGUAGAGGGCUGAGCAGGGAAGGUGGAAGGAAGAGGACUGAGGGAGGAAGACUGAGGGCUGAGGGCGGAGUUCGUAUGGCUGACGACUGAGAAGGGAGGGUAGAGGAUGGAGGUAGGACUGCAGAUUUGGAGGAUGAGUGACGGUAAAAGCACUCGAGCGGCAUUCCUAAGCCGUAGGACAUUGCAUGCAGGACAGGUAUUUGGCUGGAGGAUGUCCUAAAAUGCGUUCCGUAAAUAUAGCCCCGUUUGGCUUGUGCCACUUCCCUUUAAGAGGAGGUGGCUUUCCAGUUGUUUCUGGAAUGUAACUCUCAUGAUGGUUGUUGUACAGGAGUAGUUGGCACACCCCCUGUUUCUUUCCUUAUGUGCCGAAGCACUGGUUUGGCCUACACAAUAAAUGACACAUGAAAAAUGGCUUAACUAAACCUUCUUGGUUAGCCAUCUGAUUGUCUUUGAUUAAAGGCCAUCUGUGAUAUGGUUUGGUGGGGUUAUGCAGGCCUUGGCUGCGAUAAGAACACAAUUAUAUAAUGUAUUUCUAUUUUAGAGAAUAUACCCUUUUCUGUCUUAAGCGUUUUUUUUCCAAAACUGUCUUCAACCUGCUUUACAAUAUUCAUUCUUAUUUUUUUUUUUUACUUGUGCAUCUACAAAGUAAUAUAAUUUGGCAUUUGGCAUUUUUAUAUUUCCCACCUGUGCACAUAUAAGUCACGUGCAAAUAAAAUGAUUUUACUACCCCCCCCCCUCCUGAAAUUUGCUUUGUAUGCGUUCAAUUGUGUAGGAGCACCUGCCUGUCCCUGCUCACAGGUCAAAUUAGCCAGCCCGUGCUCUUAGCAAGCAGUGACUAGCCAAAAUGUGCUUUAAACAGCGAAUGCCUUCCGUGGUCUUUACCAGAACUGCAGUUUUUAAACAUGACUUUUCUAG